AUGUUGCAGCCUCAAUUAUACCGACCGACCGUGGCCAACGAAGCCUCCUUCACUGCUCUCGCCACCUCUCUAAAGUCGCUGAGCCUGUGCUCGAAACAGACGGCGAGAAUUUCCACAAACUUUGUCCGCUAUGCUUCCCAUGCCGCGCAAGGUCGAGCAAAUGGUCCCAAAGACUCCGCGGGAAGACGAUUAGGAGCAAAGAAGUCAGCGUCUGAAUACGUGAUACCAGGAAACAUCAUAUUCAGACAAAGAGGCACGAAAUGGCACCCCGGCGAGAAUGUGGGCAUGGGAAAGGACCACACCAUCUACGCGACCGAAUACGGCUAUGUGCGAUACUAUCGCGAUCCCCUCAGACACCCCAAGAGGCGAUACAUUGGAGUCGCAUUGGAAAGAGAAGGACCAGGUUCACAACUGCCGUUGCCCCCCAAUGCGCCCCGUCGAAGACGCUUGGGCAUGUACGCCACACCGAUAAAAGUCCCUGAAACGCAGACGUCGGACAAGGACUACCUCGAGCCCCAUUUGAGUUCCAACAGCUAUGCGGCUUUCAAAUCCGGAGUCACACCCGCCCCCCCGGCUACCAUUUUCCGCAAAGGAACGUACCGUGAAGCCAACGUCUCGAUCGGCUUGGCGGCAGAGCGGAAAGGAGUCAAGGUCCGUGAAUAUGAUCGGAGAGACCGCUGGCUGGCAUGGAGGAGACGCACGGCCAAAGUGAAAUUAGGUAUGGCCGCGAAGGCGGCAAAGGCUGCCAGGAAGAAAGCGAAGAGUUCGAGCAGAGGCGGAAAGAAAGUUGCGUGA